AUGGGAGCACUUGCUAUUGGAGAGAAGAUGCCUUAUGUGACAGCUGUCCCUGAGCCUGAGCUUUACGUGCAACUAUUAAUCACGGAUCGACGAUGCGCUGGGAAGGGGGUUGGCAAACGUCUUUUGGACCAUGCACGUGAGGUUGCCAAAGAGAUUGGAGUCUCAUUGCUACGGGUGGACUGCUAUGCAGGUGACGACGGCAAAUUGGUCCAAUACUAUGAGUCUCAAGGAUUUAAGCGAUUCGAAACCUUGAGUCUCGAAGGAGGCUGGCCUUGUCAAGUGCUUGCUCAACGUUUACAUGAGGCGAAAGGAGAAUAG